GCUUCCUCCUUCCUCCCAUUUAAAGAGUAAAUGAGUUGGUUCACCUGGAGACCAGGUGGGGAGCAGAUGGAGUUUAUUAGAUCACACUAAUUUCUUUUUCCGCUAAGGCACGCUUGUACGUGGUUCAUCAUGUGAGGACGGCAUAUUUGAGUGGGACAUGGAAAACCUGGAUGGCUACUGGUCGGAGCCCGGGUCGUCUCUGCAGGCAGCAGUGGCGGCGGCCAACGCGAGCCGGACUGAGGAAGCAGGACUCGUGAUGUCCGAGCGGACACAACUGGUCCUGGAGGUCCUCAUGGUGCUGAUGUGUCUGGGCGCUGUGACAGGUAACAUUCUUGUCAUUGUUAUUGUGGCUGCAACCAAGACUUUCCACUGUGUGACGUCGGUGCUGAUCAUGAACCUGGCAGUCAGUGACCUCCUGGUGGGCGUCGGAGUCAUGCCUUUUGUUGCUCUGUCCAUCAUGAAUCGUGGAUGGGUGGAUUGUACUGACCUCUGUUUGUAUGUGGGUUACACCUCCUCUGUGUAUUGCACAGCAUCUGUACUGACACUAGCUGCUAUUGCUCUCGACCGCUACCACUCCAUCAUGGACUGCCUGCGCUACAGUUCCCGCUGCACCCUGUGGAGGACCUGUGCGGUGGUCCUGUGGAUCUGGCUGCAGGCUCUGGCCACCAGUUGCCCUCCCCUGCUGGGCUGGAGCUCCAUCAGUUAUGUGGGUCCCAUGUACAGCUGUGCAGUCAACUGGGAAAGCAGUCCCAGCUAUACUGCUUUCAUGGCCGCCCUGUCCUACCUCUUACCUGCAGUGGUCAUUCUCUUCUGUUACGUGAACAUCGUCAAGGUGGCGCGCAGCCACGCCAGGAGGAUUCAUACGUUGGAGGACUCUGUCCUGCGCAGCAGGAAUCCAAGCUCUGCCAUUGCUCCUGGUGAUUCACCUCACCAGAACUGUGGGGGACUCCACAGCCCCACAAGACUGAUCUAUCAUGUAAGUGGGCAGUUUGUGUCAGAGGAAGGAAAUGAUAUCAGAACUGCUCUCCCUAAUUCUGUGACAGAGCAGAGUAGCCCUACAUCUAGACGUUUGUUCUCCUUCCUGGCUCAGAGCACCUCCCAGCCUCCCCUGCAGAACUCCCAGCAGCACCAUAACAACCAUGGAGUGGUGCGUCUCUUCCUGGUCAUCUCAGCUUUUUUCUUCUGCUGGACACCCUACAUAGGUGUGGCCUUGGUUCAGGCCACAGAAUUUGCAAUUUCAGGCCAAUCCAGCCUCAUCCCACCAUUUGCUGUUACCUUUUCAUACUGGCUGGUGUUGUUGAACUCUGACAUCAAUCCUCUACUGUACGCUCUGCUUAGCAAGCGUUUCCAGGGUGCUCUUCAGGGACUGAGGCAAAAAAUAAGAGCACGACUAGGAAGUAUGGUGGGCAGAGGAGUGGAAGUAAGGGCUGAAGGAGACGAUGGCAGGAGCAGCGACCCCUACACUUUGAACACCUCCCAUCCCGGUCCACCUUCCAGCUCUGAGACUUCAACCUGUGAUGACUCUAAGUAUUCCCCCUCCAUUUUUACUGUUAGCACUGACUUCAAACAUCAUUCUGAGGAGAAUCUAUGCAAAGUGUGUCACCCUGAAAAUACCUCCACGUCCUCUGUGUGGCCUGAUGCUGGUGGUGACAGGAGGGUGGACUGCUUGCAGGUCCCCUCUCGGCCACAGGAGGGCAACAGACUACCUUUCUCUGCUGUGACCAAGGAGCGUCAGGCCACUUUCUUUUAUGGCCAGAUAACAGUGAGAGUAGAGCAUGAUGUCUGUUAACUGUACUUCCACACAUGCUGUUGCAGGACAAUUACCCACCACAGCUGCAUCAGACCAGGUCUGCAACUAACUGAUAUUUUAAUUAUUGAUUACUCUGACAAUAGCAGCAAAUCCUCACAUUUGACAAACUGGUACUGGCAAACCUUAGUAUUUUUGCUUAACAAAAACAAAUAAAAAAUAUCAAAAUAUCUGAGAUUAAUUUUAUAUUGAUCAACUUAGCUCAGAUCACUAUAUUUUUUAAUUUGUCAAGUUGUAUGUGGUCACUUGCAGUGAUCAGAAAAUUGCAAAGCUACAACACUGAGGAGAAAACAAACCUGGACAAGACACUGUAUUGAAAAGAAAUCUUUUAUAUAGUACAUGUGAUUACACUUGAAGACACCCAAAAGUAGAUCUAAUAAACCCAUCAUUUAUUCACUUUCUAAAUAUUUCUUCCUCAAAUGUGAUAAUCAUAUGUUGCAUCUCAGUGUAAAAAUCUUCAUUCCUUACAAAGGUUUACAUUUAUGUCUAGCAAUAAUUCCAGAGGAAUACAAUAUUAUUAUUUAUUGUCAUAGAGAAUGACAAUGGGAAACAGUGCUAAUGUACUCUAUUGCAAAACAAAGAAAAGGCAGUGAAGUGGACUUGUCAGCUGUAUCUGCUUAUACAGUAUGUGCAUGCUCAUCCUGUAGCUGUCAUUGUUUCUUAAGGUUAGUCAGCAACCAAAUGCAAAAAUAUAAAAAGUCUGUCCAAUGCGUCAAGAGUUUGUUCAAAAAAAUGCAACUCAGUCAGAUGAGUACAAGAAGGAUAGUAUUAAAGAGUCUCUCUGUAGCAGUCUGUGGUGGCACUGUAAAAAAACAGAUAGCACGUAGCUGAGCAUGUGUGGUCGAGUGAUGUUCAUACAUUCACAACAAGGCAGAGUUUCCACCAGUCGCUUUACAAGGCGCGUGCCUCAGUCACUCACAGGUUCAUCUCGGUAAUUAACUUGCCUCAUGAGAUGUGAUAAAUGAAAACAAAUACAGUGAGACUUUGACAGCGAGCAGAGCUGGACAAAUGUGAGCCACUCUCAUGUGUCAACACAUGUCUCCUCAAGCCACAGUGAGACAGUUUCCAUCUACUGUUGUUUUCUCCAGAAAUAAAACAAUUUAACUGAGAACUGUCGCAAAUUAGUUUGUGUGCAUAUGAGUCUAGAAAGUUGAGUGUGAUAGGAAUUCAAAAAGGGAGGCUCAGUGAUAGCUAUGUUUGAUGUUCAAAGUUAUUAAAGGGGUAGUUCCAAGUUUUCAUGUCUUAUUAUAAGCUGUUAGUUCUUUUAGUCCAUCCAAACAUUGGGAUACCUGAAGCAUUAAUUGUGAAAGUUUAAUAUUAUUUGAAUGACAAUACAUGGAAAUACGUGUAUUACCUGCAUUGCCUGGAUAAUAAAAUGUUAAUAGUG